GAAAACGCGAGCGUCCCAAGUGGAAAUGUAGCCCAAUCCGUUCGCUUCGGGGUAUCCAUCUAAAGCGGCCCUCGCACACACACACACACAGACACACACACAACCACUCGCACGCACUCUCGGGCUCGUACCCCUACAGGCGCCGCCGUGUGUCUUCGUAUAUCUCCAGCUACAGCUACAGCUCAGCGCAGACGGCGUGUCUGGGCCUCAUUAGAAGACUGGUCAGCAGCCCAAUCGAAAUGGGAAUCGGAAUAAAAUAAAACUAAGCAAAACCAAACCAAACAGAACAGAAAACAAGUAGAAAAAAGAGAAGAAAAUAAAAUAAAACAGUGGAUCCAUUAGGACAGAGCGCGAUGGAAUAUUGAAUGGAAUCAUUUGGCUAUAUGCACAUACAUUAGCAGCCAAAGGACAUCCCAAUCAUCCUCACUCGACGCCACUUCACUCCACUCCACUCCACUCCACUCCACUGGCUGGGCGUGCUAGUGCACGACGGCCGUUCUGACUGCGGAAAACAUGGAUGAAAAUGCGAUAAGCACUCGAUAAAUAUGAGCAGAGGCAGUGCCAGAGGCAGCGACAGACACAGAGACAGACACAGAGUCUUAACAAGCGACAACUUUCAGUAAACAAGAAAGCGAAGAGCAGAAGCCUAUCAUGCAUCCCGAGGCAACGAUCGAUAUAAUGUGCCAGCAGCGCAAGGAGCCACGUCCCCAUCCACCUCCCAGCCGAUGGCGGCGACUGAAGCUGCAUUAUUCGCUCGCCUGGAGCCUUGGCAUUGGCACGGCCAUUGGUCCGUUGCUCCUGAUGCUCCUGCUGGUUACGCUGGAGACCUGCCAAGUGCGGGCCUCCUACCUAGAGCCCGAUGAGCUCAUCCAGGAGCUGGACCGACCGGUGCCGCUGACAUCGGUGCAGGGUGUGCUGGGCCGGCAGGCCAUGCUUCCCUGCGACAUCUCGCCGCUGGAACGCGAUGACGCCGUGUACAUGGUGCUUUGGUUCCGCGAGGGCGAUGGCGAGCCCAUCUACAACUUCGAUGUGAGGGGGCGGCAGUUCGGCCAGGCGCGCCUCUGGUCCUCGCCGCUGGCCUUCGGGACACGCGCCCACUUCAGCAGCACCACCCACCCCGCCCAGCUGAAAAUAGACAACAUACGCAUCGAGGACGAGGGCGUCUACCGCUGCCGAGUCGAUUUUCGCAAUUCGCCCACGAGGAAUCUGAAGAUAAAUCUAACUGUCAUCGUGCCCCCAGACAGACCCAUCAUCUAUGGCCAGAACAGGCAUGAAAAGGCCAGCAAUGUGGAGUCCUUCAAUGAGGGCAACGAUAUUGUCCUGUCCUGCGAGGUCUCAGGCGGUCGACCGCGUCCCAAUGUCACAUGGUACUUGGACAACACGGCCAUCGACGAAUCCUUCGAACAGCGCCCCGAUGGCAAGACCAUCAACCACCUGUCCUACCCCAACGUGGGCCGCCAGCAUCUCAACUCUCGGCUCGUGUGCGUGGCCAGCAACACGAACCUGACGCCACCCAAUAACAAGGUCGUCAUACUGGAUGUGAAUCUGAAACCCAUGGCGGUGCACAUACUCACCAAGGAUCGCUUCGUCUCCGCCGAUCGUACCUACGACAUUGAGUGCAAGAGCUCCGGCUCUAAGCCGCCCGCUCUCAUCACCUGGUGGAAGGGCAGUAAACAACUCAAAAAGCUCACCAAGAACUUUAAUGAACCCGAUAAUCAAUCUCUAAGUAUACUGACGUUUACGCCCGGACGCGAGGACGACGGCAAAUAUUUAACAUGUCGGGCAGAAAAUCAAUUCAUCGACGGCAGCGCCAUCGAGGACAAAUGGCGUCUCAUUGUCCACUUCCAGCCCACGACAACGCUGAAGAUUGGCUCAUCCCUGAACCCGGACGACAUCAAAGAGGGCGACGACGCGUACUUCGAGUGCGUCGUUCAAUCGAAUCCCAAACCAUACAAGAUGUCCUGGUUCCACAACGGCAAGGAGCUGCAGCAUAACAUCUCCGCCGGCGUCAUCCUCUCGGAUCAGUCGCUGGUGCUGCAGAGCGUCUCACGUGCCUCGGCCGGUGACUACACUUGCCUCGCUGUCAACUCUGAGGGCAAAGGCCCAAGUAAUCCGGUCACAUUGCGCAUACGCUACGCCCCCAUCUGUGCUACCGACCACGAGGAGCUGCUGGGCGCCUUGAAGCACGAGACGCUGCCACUGAAGUGCGAGGUGGACGCCUCGCCACCCGCCGACUCCUUUCACUGGACCUUCAACUCGUCGGGGGAGCAAACCGAGCUGCCCGCUCGCCUGCACUCCACUGAGACUGGCAUGUCGCGACUGAACUACACGCCCAGCACGGAUCUGGACUAUGGCACAAUUUCCUGCUGGGGCAAGAACUCUAUUGGCAUGCAGAAGAGUCCUUGCGUCUUUCAAAUUGUCGCAGCGGGUCGGCCCUUUCCCCUGCAAAACUGUUCGGUGACCAAUCAAUCGGUGGACUCCCUGCAAGUCGACUGCAUCGAGGGAUUUGAUGGUGGCUUGCCUCAGGGUUUCAUGCUGGAGCUGGUCGAGUUAAACACCUUGCGAUUGGCCAGGAAUAUCACAGUUUCGCAUACUCCGGUCACUUUUAUUAUUGACAACCUGGACCAGGCUGCAACCUACCGGAUGGUAAUAUUCGCUGUCAAUGCCAAGGGUCGCUCCGAGCCCACCAUAAUCGAUGACAUCAACUUCAAGGGGGUGGCCAAGUUCACGGGUGCCUCGACGGGUCUCUCCAUGCCGCUGUCGCCGUUCCUGGCAGGUCUGACCCUUUUCUGUGGCCUCCUCUUUGCCAUCUUUUGCAUCAUGCUCGCUGCCAUCUACAGGAGGUUCUCUAAUCGGCGCACCGACAACAACCUGAAGGUUGCGAAGCACACGCAGCUGAGCAUUCCGGCGGACUGCCAGCUGGACCCACUGCAUCCGGGUGCGCACGGCGGGCAGCCGGAGCAGGGGAACCACCAGCCGCAUCACAGCCUCCUGCCCCUUAAUUGUGAUAAUCGCAACGCGGUCGACUGCGCCAACCUGGGGGAAGUAAGCGUUGGGGUCGGCAUGGACGGGGUCAAAGGGAGCUCUCCCAUCGGCCUGGUGGCCCUGGGCAGCGAAACGCUACGCUCGACGGCGCGGACCCGGCACAGUCCGCUUGCCGAUCAGGUCGAUAUAGACGACACAGAUCCCGAUGUUAUACCAAAUCAGUAUGAAAAACGUCCACUGAAAAGUCUGGUGUCGCCACCCGGCUUUGCCAGCCCCUCGACUCGCCUAAUGCAGCGCGACUACGUCCGGGAGACGGAGCUGGUGAAGGGCAGCUGCGAGGCAGUGGGCGCGCCGGAGGGACUGUCCAGCAUAGGGCUGAUGAGCAGUUCCGGCAACGAGGUGCUGCACUACACCUUUCGGCCCAGCAAGCAGAUCAGCUAUGCAACCCUCAAUAGGAAGGGCAUAACAACCUGUAGUCCACCGCUGGGCACGCAGAACUACAGUGUGAGCACAUCGACGCCCUCAUCCUCAUAUCACCUAACACCGCAGCCCAUGGAGGUCAGCCUGCUCAGUCCGAACCAUCCAUCGGUGACGUCCUCGCUGAGCGAAUACCGAUUUCGAACCGGGCCCGAGAUAGUCACCACUUCCAAUCGUAUACAGGAAAGUUGUAUAUAAACUUCACACACACACACACAAGUCACACGCAUCUAUACAUACAUCAAAUGCUACAUACCGUACUCGUACUCGUAUAUACCUAUACUUACUUCUGAGUGUACAAAAACAAAAACAAAAGCAAAAGCAACAUAUUAUCGAGAGCAAAGUGGAACUGUAUUAAUGCAUUGAUAUCGUACCGUAACGUAACGAAUAACGUAUCCUAGCAGCUAGACGUAUUUAUUCGCAUGGUUUGAGGAAAGACUUCUCCUAGCUCGUAAGCAUCUUGUGUACUUAUUGCAUUCAUCAUCGAAUCAAUGCCAAAAGUGUAGACGAAUACACUCGUUUUGUAAAUAGUUGUUGUCAUCUGUUGUUGUACCUAAGUCUAAUCCCAUGAACCGAACCUAAAGCUGAAUCUGCAACUAAAAACUCCCUCGAAAGUGAAACGGAAGCAGAAAUCGAAACAUUCUGGUAGAUCAGAAACGAACGAAAAAACUUCUAAAGAACAUAUCGUUUAUCUUUAUACCCAAUGCCAUAUCCGCACCCCAUGUCCCCAACCGAACAUACAUAUAUAUAUGUUUCUCCCGACAUGAGGUUCCAAACACGCUGUCAACUUAACAUAUC